UUGUCGGAGGGAAGGGGGGGAGUACCACCACGGUUAGCCAACUAUGUGCACAGAGGCUCUCGCCCAUCUCGUCCGCCGUUUCUUCUACCUUCCCGUCUCCGAUCGCGCCCCCUUCCCCCCCUCUCGCUUCCCCAUUCUCUGCCACUGCAGCAUCCCCCUUCCCUUCUCCGCGCCCCGCUCAUUCGUCCGUGCAAUCGUUCAUUUCACAGCCUCUUAUCAGUCGCGCAGGGAUCCGCAUGCUCCCCCUGUUGCAGUGUUCGCUUCGACAUAGUGUCUUCGCUUCGUGAUAGCGCUCCAUUCAGCUCCCUUUUUCUGCCUAUCUUUGCCCCCUUCCAUGUGCCGGCAUCCACCUUCAAUACAAAAGGUCAGAACGUCACAAAUCAGCAAGCACUGACUCAAGAGAGAGGCGGGCAGGCAGGGGGGUAGCUAGGUCGUCUUGUAACAGCAAUGGGACACCCACCGCCACAUGAAGCCACAGCAGGAGCGUCGUCCACGUCAGACGCGUCCACAUCAUCGCUGCUGGAUCGUGCCACGUCAGCAGUUAUGGCGAUGCGCCAGCACUGCGAGGACUAUCCAUACGUGUGGGCGUCCUACGGCGUCACCUUUGCCCUAAUGGGAUUAUAUUCUGCCCGGGCAUGGCAAAGGCUGCGGCGAGCCGAAGAUGAUGUUUUACGGCUGCAGAGACAGCUUGGUAUCAAAGCAGAAGAUUUCACCCCUCGCUUUGUAAAAGAAACGCUCUCUUCAUCCCAAUCCAGUGCUCCGUCCACGCCUUCCUUGCCAUCUCAAAACCCUAGUGCGCCUUCAUAGCAGUAAACAGGAAAUAUGCCUUCUAGGAAAUUGGUGCCGGUUUUGUUUUUUAUAGAGGUAAUUGUUAGUGAGCAAUACAGUAUGAGCUUAGUGUCGUAAGACCUGCUGGGGUUACCCUUUAGAAGAUCCUCGGAGAAGGGCCACAUAUGCAGAGCCUGGGGGGCUAUGGGCGCACUGACCUGCUAUUAACAAGCUCUUUUCCACUA